GACACACACUUCGACUCCCCAACUCACACCUAUAACAUAACACAGCCAUGGGUCGCAAACCGUUUAUCGAUCGAAAGGAAGCGAAACAUUACCAUGUUGUUCACCGUUCACAGAGAGAUCCUCUCAUUAACGACACCGAGGCUUCGGAUCGAGUUUUGAAGGAAGUCAUUCCGUCUAACCUUGCAAAGCAUAAAACACAAGCUGAAAUUGACAAUGUCAAAAAAAAGCCAGAGAAAAUGGACCAAGACGAAAUUGACAGACGUGUUGGUCAGGCAGCCAUGCAGGGCAUUUAUUUUGAAGAUACAGCCGAUUACGAUUAUACACAGCAUUUAAGAGCGAUCGGAUCAACCACGGAAGCAGUGUUUCUGGAAGCACCAAAGAAAGAAGAAAAGCCCAAAAAGUCCUCCUCAGCAUUGGAAUUUAAAGACGACGGCGACGACGACAAAGAUCGCAAACUUGUAGAGCUUCCAGCUGGCGUAUUGCCAUCUGAUAUUGAAAUGAAUGUUGGUGUGAUGAAUCAAACCACGGGUCUGGAAGGAGGAUUGCAACCGGAUAUGGAUCCACGUCUCCGUGAAAUCAUGGAAGCUUUGGAAGAUGAAGAAUACGUCGAAGAUGGUCUCAACGAGGAUUUCUUUGACGAAUUGGAUGCUGAAGGUGCUCCAUACGUGCACGAAGAAGACGAAGAAGAAGAUUACGAAGAGGAACUGGAGGACGGCAAUUACAAUUGGGAAGCUGCAUUCAGAAAUUUCCAACGUGGCAAACAACGACGUGGAUCCGAUUCAGAUUUUAGCGAUGACGACGAUGUAUUAGAACGACAGACAAAAAAUACCGGCUUCUCAGUAUCAUCGUCUGUUAUGCAUCGUAAUGCACAGCUUUCAUUGCUAGACGAUCGUUUCGAUAAGAUUGAAGAAGAAUACCUGCGAGAGGAAGACGAGGAUGAGUACUACGAACAAGAAGGACAAGCACUCGAAGAACGAGCAGAUUUCGAAAGCAUUCUGGAUGAUUUUCUGGACAAGUAUGAGAUUGUCGGCAAGAAGAUGCAGCCCAAGCUUGAUGGCGAAACUGGAGGGGCAAAGCUGGAUACCAUUCGUGAAGCUUUACUAGCAACGAAGCUGUCGGAUAACGAGGAUGAUGACGAUAACGAGAGCGUAGCAACAGUCACUACACGAACACAGCAGCGCAGUAGCAAGGACAAGAAGGAGUCAGAGUUUGUCGAUCUUUUUGAGCGACCGACCCAACGGAGGGACACCUGGGAUUGCCAGUCGAUGCUGUCAACAUAUACCAAUCUAGAAAACCAUCCGCAGAUGAUUGCAGACCGAGGUCCACGGAAGAAGAUUACAAUCAACCCCAAGACGGGUAUGCCCGUCCUGGUUGAAGCACCUAGAAAGAAGAAGGUGCAGGAGGAAGGGGAGCAAGAGAGCGAUAGCGAAGAUGAAGAAGACGACGAAGAUGAGGACGAAGAGGAGCGCAUCAAUAAGGGAGUACGGCGAUCAAAGGCAGAAAGCAAGGAAGAGAAGAAAGCCAGAAAGGCAGCUGUCAAAGAAGCCAAAAAGGUAAAAUUGAGGAACAGCGGAGCACUCUCCGGGGCGUGGUCAGAAGUCAUUGCAAUCGGCUGACAGAAUAAAAAUUCCGUAUUUAGAAUCGAAGAGAGACGAAGAAAUCGACAAAACAGGCAUUCAAGGACGAAGAGGGCCGGCAGCGAAGGACGAUGCAGCAACAACGCAAAAGCAAAGGUGUCACACACAUUGCAUAGACACUUACCCGACCGCUUCUACAUGUGUGUGUGUAUGCCAAAAGCUACACCAUCAGCAUAAUUCAUUAAUAAUCAAUCAUCCUUGUAAUAAUAAAAUGUCUUCCAUCAUGUCACUUACAGAAAGGCACGGGCGCCCUCUUUGGAGCUGAGCUUUGUUUUUGCGCGGAGAGAAGAUGUGAUGGUUUUCAUUUCAUAAGCA